GAGGCACGACAUCCACCAAUGACCAUUUGUGUAGGUUCGGUCCGGACGGAUCUGAAGUUCGGUAGCGGUUAGCUUCGGCUCGUAAGGCAUGUGCACCAAGUCACCUGCUAGCACAAGCUAACUCGAGUUCCAUCAGCGGCCGGCCUUUGUUCAGCGAGCGGGAGGGUUUUUAUUCGGUAACGGACGAAUCCCUCCUUGUUCAGCGGUCGCAGCUUUGAUCCGUGCGCUGGUGAGUCGUUAAAUUCAAUGAGGAAGGUGAGCUAAAGAGAGAAGCCCGGCGAGAGAACAGUACCGUCUGGUGUUGUUUAGACCUCGACAAAUGCAGAGAACAGGUCGUCUAGGUAACGUCGCCGACUGAGGAUGUCACAGGACGAGGAGGUUUCUCUGGUUGAUGUCCUGCUGGAGGACGAGCAGCUGGAGGAGGAGGCGUCCGCCGUGCUGGCAGGAAGUGACCCGCACCACUGCUCCUACCCUCGGGGCUAUGUGAGGCGCCAGGCUCUCUAUGCCUGUAACACCUGUACUCCAGCAGGGGGUGCUGAGGCUGGCAUCUGCUUGGCUUGCUCCUACAAUUGCCACGGAGGUCAUGACCUAUUCGAGCUCUACACUAAAAGGACCUUCCGCUGUGACUGCGGAAACAGCAAGUUCCCGGAGGAUGUCAAAUGUAAACUCAAUCCGGACAAAGAAGACGUCAACACUUUAAACAAAUACAAUCACAACUUUUUUGGACGCUACUGUACCUGCCAGAGACCGUACCCCGACCCAGAGGACCAGACGGAAGACGAGAUGAUUCAGUGUGUGGUGUGCGAGGACUGGCUGCACGGUCGACAUCUGGGCGCGGAGGUGCCGGAAGGGGCGGAGCAGAUGGAGAUGAUCUGUGAGGCAUGUAUGAAGAAGAACGACUUCCUGUGGACGUAUGCCGCCCACCUCACAGGCGCACCUGAUGAGGCGACAGGAAGUGACACAAGCCAGCAGGAAGCUGAGACGGGAACAGAUGAUGCCACUGAGCCCGGUGGGAAGAGGAGGCGUCGGGAGGUGGAGACUUCCUGUCACCUGAAGAAAUUUCAGGCAGCCAAUCGGGAGGUCCAAAAGUCCGGAGCUGUUUUCUGGCGUCAGGGAUGGAGGUCCGAGAUCUGCUGCUGCCCUUCCUGCAAGGAGUCUCUGACUGCAGCGGGGCUUCUCUUCUUGAGCGAUGACUCGGACACGGUUCUCAGCUACGAGAACGAAGGUCGCCACAACGAACAGCGCCGCCAUGAUAGUGAUCCGCUGAUGUCGGCGCUGAACAACCUGGACCGAGUCCAGCAACUGGAGAUCAUUCACGGGUUCAACGACAUGAAGACGGAACUCAAAGACUUCCUCCGCAGUUUUGCUUCCAUGGGCAUGGUGGUGACUCCAGAAGAUAUCCGGCGGUUCUUUGAGCAACAGACGACCCGGCAGAGAAGCAGAGCCAACGACCGACGUCUCUGAAGCCACUCAUGAUGAUGUCAUCACAUUUAUGUUUUUCUCUUGAGUGAAAUAAAGAUCAAAAAGUCAUGUUUGGUUUUCCUCA